GCAAUAAUUUGGACCGCUGAUUUCGUUGCUGUUGCUUUCACAGCAAUUCGCCUGUACAUCCGAGGAAGCGUAACCAAGAAGUUCCAUUGGGAUGACGCUGUGCACAUACUCGCGAUGGUAUGUAUGAUUAUUCAAUCUGCCAUAUACUCAGGUGGCCGAUCGUUGGAGAAGUCUGUUGAAAGUUACCUUGCCAAGGAAACCCUCGUGGCUCCGAACUUCACGCUUUUCUUGAGAUUAAACAUUGCAUCUACGGUCAUUACCUUCACUUGCUAUUGGGCUGUGAAGUUAUCUAUUAUGCUUUUCUAUCGCAUGCUCUUCUGGGUCUAUGACACAUUUAUGAAGGCAUGGUGGACUGUUCUUUGCUUCACCUUCGCCACGUACUGGGUUGUAAUAGCUACAGCACUUGUGCAAUGCGAUGGCAAUGGUUUGGAGUUGACUAGUAUUGCUGCUUGCUCCUCGGCGCAAAGCUCGAUAUUGGAUAAGAAGAUAUACAAAAUUAGUGUUGUCAUGAAUGUAGCGUCGGAUCUGGCGAUCAUGGCUCUACCAUUAGUAAUGAUCUCUAGAAUGCACAUCCGGACUACUCAGAAACUUGGGGUAGCGCUUAUUUUCUGCCUCUCAUUUAUCGUAGUUGCCUUCGAGAUUGUGCGCUUUUUUAAGUCCUUUGGAAGCUCAGGCAUAGCUUUACACAUCAUCUGGACUAGCGUGGAAGCAAGCAUUGCUGUCAUUAUAUCUUGUUUGCCUACCUUCAAUAUACUUUUUCGCAAUCGA